AUGGCACUCUUAAGUGCCGAGUUUGCCAUGAAAGACCUUGGUCCACUAAGCUAUUUCUUGGGUAUUGAUGUUACUCGUAAUGCAGAUGGCUUAUUUUUAUCACAGAAGCAAUAUGCCGAAGAAAUCCUGGAACGGGCAGGUAUGUCACUCUGUAGCCCGUCUCCUACACCUGUUGACACAAAGCCGAAGCUAAGUGCCUCGAAAGAUGCACCAUUUGAUGAUCCGACUAAGUAUCGUCAGCUUGUUGGGGCUUUGCAGUACCUUACAUUCACUAGACCAGAUAUCUCUUAUGCCGUCCAACAGGUAUGUCUCCACAUGCAUGACCCUUGUAAUGAACAUAUGGCUGCUCUUAAGCGUAUUCUGCGCUACAUUCAGGGGUCUAUCGAUUUUGGUUUGCAUCUCUAUAAGUCUUCUGUCAGCAGCUUAGUCUCCUAUACAGAUGCAGAUUGGAGUGGCUGCCCGGAUACCAGGCGCUCCACCUCUGGCUAUUGUGUCUUCCUCGGUGACAACUUGAUUUCUUGGUCCUCAAAACAUCAACCUACACUCUCUCGUUCUAGUGCCGAGGCCGAAUACAGGGGAGUUGCUAAUGUUGUCUCUGAAUCCUGCUGGAUCAGGAAUUUACUCCUUGAGCUACAUUGCCCGAUCCAAAAGGCGACACUUGUUUAUUGUGACAAUGUGAGUACGAUAUACUUAUCAGGUGAUGGAAUUCUUACAGCUGCUAUUUCAGUUUUGUCAGUAAUUUCUGAUGCUGAACUUUCUUUGGCAGAAGCCCAACACUUAUGUAAGACUCCUAACCUCGUUCCUUGA